GGUUAAACGAUGGGCAGUUAUGGUAUUUCAACAUCUCUGUCCAAAAUCCCAAAUUAUAUUUGCCAUUUGCCUCUCCACUUUCCACCAGUGACCAGACGGAGUAGUUUUUUCUUCGCCACACCUACCUGGCGGCCAUCAACGACUUCGCUAACUCUUUUACGUCUGCAAGAACUUCCGCAAUGAGAGGAGAAUACGUCGGACUGGCGGUGGCGUUCCUCCUUGUAGCUACGGCGAACGGAGGAGAAGAGCUCGGAGGCUCCUCGAAGUUGUCCGGAAUCAUCAUCCCCGGCUUCGCGUCAACUCAACUCAGAGCUUGGUCAAUACUGGACUGUCCCUACUCGCCUCUCGAUUUCAAUCCUCUCGAUUUGGUGUGGCUCGACACCACCAAACUUCUUUCUGCUGUGAAUUGCUGGCUUAAAUGCAUGUUGUUAGAUCCUUACAACCAAACAGAUCAUCCAGAGUGCAAGUCUCGUCCUGACACUGGCCUUUCUGCUAUAGCCGAGCUUGAUCCUGGUUAUAUAACUGGUCCACUUUCAUCAGUGUGGAAAGAAUGGGUAAAGUGGUGCAUUGAAUUUGGUGUUGAGGCUCAUGCAAUUAUUGCAGUUCCAUAUGACUGGAGAUUGCAACCUUCGAAACUCGAGGAGAGAGACCUUUACUUUCAUAAACUAAAGCUGACUUUUGAAACUGCUCUUAAACAUCGUGGUGGACCGUCAAUAGUUUUUGCUCAUUCAUUAGGUAACAACGUUUUCAGAUACUUUUUGGAGUGGCUAAAACUAGAAGUUGCCCCUAAAAUGUAUAACCAGUGGCUGGACAACCAUAUUCAUGCCUAUUUUGCUGUUGGAUCACCUUUUCUUGGUUCAAGUGAGGCAGUCAAAGCGACACUCUCUGGAGUCACAUUUGGUCUUCCCAUUUCUGAGGGAACGGCUCGAUUGAUGUCCAGUUCGUUUGGCUCUUCAUUGUGGAUGAUGCCAUUUUCAAAAUACUGUAGAGCAGAUACUGUAUACUCGAGGCACCUUUCUGGCAGAAGCAGAAAAGGUCAUCAUGUAUUCCAUUGUGAUGAGCAUGAGUUUCAAGUAAACCACUCUGGUUGGCCAACAAAUAUAGUCAAUAUUGAAAUUCCUGCAAAUAAAGAUCAGGCAGGAUAUGAAGCUUACCCAUCAUUUCCGGAAAUUGUACAAACAAAUUCGUCUGACAGGGAAUGUGGAUUACCAACUGUGUUGUCUUUUUCUGCUCGUGAAGUGGCAGAUGGAAAAUUUUUCAAAGCAAUAAAAGAUUAUGAUCCUGAUAGCCAAAGGCUCUUACACGUGUUAAAAAAUUCAUAUCACGGUGAUCCAGUCCUAAAUCCUUUAACACCAUGGGAAAGACCACCUCUUAAGAACAUAUUCUGCAUUUACGGAAUUGAGUUAAAAACUGAGGUUGGUUAUUACUUUGCACCAAGUGGGAAGCCUUAUCCUGAUAAUUGGAUUAUAACAGAUGUGAUAUACGAGGCUGAGGGUUCUCUACGUUCUAGGUCUGGUAAUCUGAUUGAAGGGAACCCUAGUGCAGCUAGUGGGGAUGAGACAGUACCAUAUCAUUCCCUCUCUUGGUGCAAGAAUUGGCUGGGUCCAAGAGUGAAUGUGACAAGGGCUCCUCAGUCGGAGCAUAAUGGGGAAGAUGUACAAAUGCAUAUGAAUGUAGAACAUCAGCAUGGUGAAGAUAUCAUUACCAAUAUGACAAGGUCUAAAAAGGUGAAGUACAUAACCUAUUUUGAAGAUUCUGAAAGUAUUCCUGGGAGGAGGACAGCAGUUUGGGAGCUUGAUAAAGCAAAUCACAGAAAUAUUGUUAGAUCCCCGGUUUUGAUGCGGGAGCUGUGGCUUGAAAUGUGGCAUGAUUCUCAACCUGAUAAGAAAUCACAAUUUGUCACAAAAGAAAAGCGGGGGCCUCUGAGAGAUGCUGACUGCUACUGGGAUUAUGGAAAGGCUCGAUGUGCAUGGUCAGCGCACUGUGAAUACAGAUAUGUUUUUGGGGAUGUUCACCUGGGACAAAGCUGUAGAUUGAGGAAUACUUCAGCUGAUCUCUUGUUGCAUUACGUAUAAAGAUGGAGAUCGAGCAGAUAAUCAGCAUGCUGGAUAGUUUGCGUACAAGGAUUAGGUUGGAGCAACAGUAUCAGCUCGGAGAUUUAGGCAACCUGUAAAUGAAAGAGAAUUUUGUAGAAUAUCGUGUUAAUGUUGCAUCAGCUCGUGUUGUCUGGUUUAAUAGUACAGUGUACCAUGACCAAUUUUUGAGGAAAUAACUUUGAAGUUUAAUAAGCACUUUACAUGAAAAGUAUACUUUACGAAAAUCAAGUUUGC